AUGAAUAAAUAGUCAAUACCAACAUCGAUAUUUUAUAUUUUAUCAAUUUUAGUUGUUUAUUAUGCCUACUAAACAAUAUCUAUAGAUCCUACAGAUGAUCAGUUAAUAUUAGUUAGAAAUGGAUAAAAUUAGAAUGGGUAAGAAAAAGAAUAUUGUAUUGAUUGUAAAUUUUAUAAAAGAGAAACAACUUACCAUUGUACACUUUGUGAAAGGUAUUAUAUAAUAUUAAUUUGAGAUGUGUGUCAGAUUUUGAUCAUCAUUGUGUAUGGCUAAAUAAUUGCAUAGGAAAAAAGAAUUACCAAUACUUUUUUAAGUUACUCAUUUUUAUAUCUUUAUAUGGUGUGGUUUUUAUAAUUUUUGCUAGCCUUUCAAUCCAUUUUUUAUCUGUGGUUAUGAUUAUUUGGAUUGCUUUCAAUAUUGUUGUCACGACAAUAUCCCUCGUUCUAAUUUUGAUUAUAUUGGCUAAACAUACUUAUGAUAAAUUUAAAGGAUAAAGAACAAAUUCAAUUUAAGAUUUUGGAUUGAUAGUAUAAAAUCUAUAAAUUAACUCUAAGACAUCUUAAGAAAAUAAUCUCGAAACUCUAUAAAUAAACAAGUAUUUUUAUUCUAUUUAAAUAUUUUAAUUAUUAGUUAAAUAAAAUAGAAUAGAAUAGUUCCAUUGUAAAAUUUUACUGAAGGAUAAUAGUAAUUAAGUGAGGAUCAGAAAAACUUAUUUGAACCUAUUUUUGAUAAUCAAAAAGAAAAUCUAGAUAUUAAUGGCUAUGCCUAAUCGAUACAAGAUAAUUGUACAAAAAGAAAGAAUAGUUUAGAGACAAUAAAUACUUAUAAUCAUAUUUAAUAAUGA